ACCUAGCAAAGAAAACAUGGCCGCACUGGCAGCUAAACGGGAAGGACCACAGUUCAUUAGUGAGGUUUCCGUGCGAGGUAACGCUGCCGUUUUGGACUACUGCAGGACGUCCGUUUCAGCCCUGUCCGGGGCGACGGCGGGGAUACUGGGGCUGACAGGAUUGUAUGGCUUCAUCUUCUAUUUUUUAGCCUCGUUUCUCCUUUCCCUACUCCUCAUACUCAAGGCUGGCCGUCGCUGGAACAAGUGCUUCAAGUCUAGGCGGCUGCUUUUUACAGGAGGACUCGUAGGAGGCCUUUUUACCUACAUUCUUUUCUGGACCUUCCUUUACGGCAUGGUUCAUGUGUACUAGACUGAAAUAUGUAUGGAUCAACACAACACGCGUCUUAUCUGAAAUGGACUCCAUGUAAAUUUGGGAUUUUACACCCAACCAAUCGUAAAGCCCAUUGUGGUCUAUAUACAGGCUGUACCGCAGCAAAGAUUUUUUUGGAUUUGUAUAGAUUACGAAUUAUGCAAAUUACCAAUUCAAAUGUUUUCCUUUCUAUUCUGUAUUGAAAUAUAAUUAUGUAAAACUUGAUUAUUGCUCUAAAAAUCAUAGAAAAUAUGGAUGUUAUGUCUAAGUUAAGACUCAUCACGAGAACUCUGCUUAGAGGGUGUGGAUAUGUGGGUCUCCAAACUGGAUUGGGACCCACUCAGGAGUCAUGAGAAGGGCUGAGGUUGGUCCCAAGAUUAGAUACGGAAAGAAGUAACUUGUAUAUCUUACCUUCCAGUGGAAUGCACAUAGGUCAAACACUGCAUUAGAUACAGAAAUUAACAGAUUAUAAAUGUGCAUUAGGCCAUGUUUAGAAAAGGGUUGGGUCCCAGAAAAUGUAUUCGCUCAUUAAGUGGGUCCUAGGUUCAGAAAGUUUGGGAAACGAUGGUUUACGUUGCCGUUUACCCAGGAUGGGAUGCCAGUUAAUUUGUUUGCCAAUAUAUGUAAUUAGGCUUUGUGGACUACCGAUGGGACAUGUACAUUUUAUAGGUUUUUUGGGAAAGAUUCAGAAAAGAUCAAUUAAUUUCUCUAAUAAAUAACCAGUCAUCUAAACACA